AUGAAUUAAGAAUAAAAAUAUUAACAUGAUUAUACAGUUGAUAUAAAGGAAUUAUAAGUGAUAAAUAGGCAAUAAUCUUUGGUUUGGAAUACAAUGAUUGAAUCAUAUCAAAAAAAAUUGAAUCACUUAUAAAAGAAGCUUAUGAUAGAAAAAGCUUAAAAAAAUUUCAACUAGAGUCAAUAAGAAAUAAAUUAAUUGUAUAAAAAAUAAUGUCAGGCUGCAGCAGACUCUUAUGAACUUGAUUUAUUUGAAAUAAGAAAAGCAGAACUUAAUAAAAGAUUUGAUUUGGAAAAAGCUAUAUUAAAUGAAUAGUUAAAUGAAAAUAAAAAAACUUAUGAAUAAAUUAAAUAAAAACAAUAACCACCUUAAUUAGAAAAGCCUAAAGAAUGUUAAUUUAUUACAGGGGCUUAUUCUGAUUAUACUUUGGUACUUGCAUUACGUAAAUCAAUUAAUUAAUGUGAAUAAAUUAAUUAGAAAACAUUUAUUUCUCUUUAAAGUUUUUACCCAGAAUGCUAUAUAUCAAAUUUCUAAGAUUGUGAAAACAUAUCUGUGAUUGCUAUAAAAGACAUUAGCCAUCAAGCAACAAAAAAUUCAAUUAAAAAUAACUUAAUUUUAGCAAAUGCAGAUUAUAAAAUUUUAAAUUGUUACAAAGUUAGUUACGACAAAGAAAAGCUUAAUAAAGAUUUGAUUUUUUAAGAAGAGCUAGACCAUAAUAUUGAUUUAAUUCAUAUAACAAAUACUUAAUAAAUAAUAGUAAAAAAUUAUCAAAUUAAUAGGCUAUCAGUAAACUUCGUGGUUUUAUUUAUUUAUUAAAUAAAAAUUAUAAAUAACUCAUAUAUUAAGGAGACCAUGUAAUUGGUGAAUCUGUAUAUUAUGAAAAAGAAGAUAAGUUAAGAGUGUUUAAUCAACAUAAGAUAGUAACAAUUUCAAAUUUGUAAACAAGGCCAAAAUAUGAUGAAUUGCUAACAGAUCAAUACAAAGCAUUAAUCUAUUUUUAAACAAAUUUACCUAAUUUUCAUUUACAGUAUAUUUAACAUCCAUAGAUAAUUAAUGAUCAAUAUUUUGUAUAUGUGAAGUAGCAAAAUAAAAUAAGAAUUUAUGAUUAUUAGUUUUAAUAAAAGAAGUAGUUUAAGGUUCAAACUUAAAAUAUUUAAGUUGAGUUUCUCAAUUUUUUUGCAAAGACUAAUAAAAUAGUGUUUUGUGAUAGUUAAGGAUAAACAUAUAAAGUGGAAAAAUUUACAAAUCUUAUUGGGUGA